CUGGACUACUCCGGACCAAUCAGCGAGCUUUCGGAUCGUUCCGAACCCUCGAUCGGCUUUCCUCCGCUCAUCGGCGUUUUCACCUUCCAGACUUCUUUAACCCUCACAUUCUCGGUGGUAUUGCACUGAUUCGCCUCGAUUCCUUUCUUCGAUCGAUUCGUUAACUUUAUUCCUCGGCGGAAACCUAAUCAAGAUGGCGAGCAGAUCCAGUGCUAUUCGAGCUCUUCAACAAUUUACGUCCUGCGAUAUAGGUGAUGCGCUAGUCAAGCUUAAGGUGCCUUGUGGUGGCUACCUGUCGGGAUUGAAAAUGUUCUCUCCUGGGCCGACGAGCCCGAAAGCGAAGAUCUUUGGCCCUGCCUACACGGUCCGCAUGGUCCAUGCCAACGACAAAACCGCGCCCUCCCCCAAACGCCAUUUCGUUGAUGACAUACCUCGAGAUAGCGUCGUCUUCGUUUCGCAGCCAAAAGGAUUGAUCAGCGCGUGUUGGGGCGGCCUGAUGAGCACCCGCGCCAAGAAACAAGGUGCAGCUGGGGUCGUUAUUGACGGCCGCUUCCGAGAUAUUAACGAGCAUCAAGAGUUGAAUAUGGGUCUCUUCGCGCGAGGAAUCAGCAUCUUGGGAUCAAACACUUUCACCAGGUCGUCAGAGCUGAACGUGUCCGUUGCAUACGAGAAUAGCGAGAUUGGCGAAGAGGUGGUCAUUAACCCAGGAGACUACCUGCUCGGAGAUGUGGACGGUAUGGUGGCAGUACCGGCAGAUAAGGUGGAGGAAUGCGUGCGACUCUGUCAAGAACGGUAUGAGAUUGAUGAGGAGACUCGGUUGUGUUUAGAAAGGGGUGAGGAAAUGGGCCCCACGAUCAAGCGAUUGAGGAAAUAGGUAGAUGGCACGAUGAGUACUUCGUAUAGCAUUAAGCUACAAGCCCCGCUGAGUUGAGAGAAAUCUAGCCCGUUUGUAGAGUUCCGCAUAUCAUGGGUACUCUGGAUUUACCAUGCUGCUAGAGAACGGAUCCCAGCCCCAGUCACCAUGCAAAUAUUCCACCAAGAAGCCCUCCAUAGCUGAGUCAAUAGUAGAUUCGUCGGAAUCGGCUGGAAGAAGACCACCAAUCUGUGAUAUAAAUAGGUCGGGCCCAUUCUCGAAAUGGUGUUCCGGGUAUGACUCGGUUCGUACAGUGUCUGCGGCUGCAGCUGGGGCGUCAACAGAGCUGACAGAGCCAUAUACGACCGCAUGAUGUUGGUCAAGAACAGGUACCCCCAUCUGCGUGUCAACUACAUCCUGCAUGGACCCCAUAUUCGAUGCAAGUGAUGAUGGAUCGGUUGAUUGGGCUAUCCGUCGUCUUUGUGCCCGCGAUGAGGACUGCAGCUGAGACAAGGCCUGUA